GCCGGUUGGAUAACUUUUCGGGUUCUCCAUUUGACCCCUCAAGUAUUUUAUGUUGCGGAAGAAAAGUUUGUGAAUUUUGUUCGUCAUGAUUAGUAUGGAACAUGUCAGAUCUUGAUAGGCAAAUUGAAAAGUUACGUCGCUGUGAACUUAUUACAGAGUCAGAAGUUAAAGAAUUAUGCAAUAAAGCUCGAGAAAUUUUAGUUGAAGAAAGUAACGUCCAGAGAAUAGAUUCUCCUGUUACAAUUUGUGGGGAUAUCCACGGACAAUUUUACGAUUUAAAAGAAUUAUUUAAAAUUGGAGGAGAAGUUCCCGAGACUAACUAUUUAUUUUUAGGCGAUUUUGUUGAUCGAGGCUUUUACUCUACAGAAACAUUUUUGUUACUCCUCGCUCUAAAAGUGAGAUAUCCUGAUAGAAUAACACUUAUUCGUGGAAAUCACGAAUCGAGAGGAAUAACACAAAUUUAUGGCUUUUAUGAAGAAUCUCUUAGAAAGUACGGCUCAUUGAACGUUUGGCGGUACUGCACUGAGAUUUUCGAUUAUCUUUCGCUUUCUGCCUUGAUCGACGACAAAAUUUUUUGUGUGCACGGGGGCUUGUCUCCUUCUAUUUCUACAAUCGAUCAGAUUCGCACAAUCGACAGGAAGCAGGAAGUGCCUCACGAGGGGGCCAUGUGCGACCUUCUGUGGUCUGAUCCGGAGCACAUCGAGGGUUGGGGGCUCAGUCCUCGCGGCGCUGGUUAUCUCUUCGGAAGCGACGUCGUGAGAAACUUUAACUCAAUGAAUGGAAUCACUUUAAUUUGUCGGGCGCACCAGUUAGUAAUGGAAGGCUAUAAAAUGAUGUUUGACGAUUCCAUUUGCACCGUUUGGUCUGCGCCUAAUUACUGUUAUAGAUGCGGAAACGUUGCAGCCAUUCUUGAACUUGAUGAAAGUCUAAACACUAAUUUUAAAAUUUUUGAAGCUGCUCCUCAAGAAGAACGAGGUAUUCCUGCUAAACGCCCUCAAAUUGAUUAUUUUUUGUAA